GUUUCCUGCCUGCGGGUAAGCUUCACUAACCUUUUUUUCUCAACCGUCUUCCAACUAGCCACAGAACAGGAGGUGGAGUUCGAUGAAGCCAUGGGUUCGCCGCUAUAUCGAGAGUUUGACGUCCGCGGAACGGUAGCCAAAGUCAAGUGGUGCAAAACGUGCCUUUUCUAUCGCAUACCUCGCUCCACCCACUGUUCUAUUUGCAACAAGUGUGUUGAGUGUUUCGACCACCACUGUCCGUGGGUUAACAAUUGCAUCGGCCGGAGGAAUUAUCGAUACUUUUUUACUUUCCUGCUUACGGUCUGUAUGCACAUGGUGGCUGUGUUUAUCGUGACCCUGUUUUAUGUGCUCUGGUCUGAACAGCCGCUGGACACUCACACGAACAUCAUUGCUAUGGUUCUGAUGUCACUGGUUGGCCUAGUCUUUAUUCCUGUCCUCAGUCUCACCAUCUUUCAUAUCACCAUCAUCUCGCGCGGAAUGACUACAAACGAACAGGUGAGUUCGAUCAUUCUGUUUUUUCUUCCUACCGCUUAA